AUUCAUUGAAAAGUUCUUGCUGUCGUGUAAAUAACAAGUUGAGUCGCAGAUAAUUUUAUUCUGAAUAUCAAGAGUUCAAGUGACCAAGCACGAAAUGGAAGUAAUAGUGCUAAAGUAUGUUCAACUCGUGUGUAUCACAAUUUUUAUGGGUAACAAUGCAAAUUGUGCCCAACUAAUGAUCGGCACUGAACAAAUGAACACUCUCAAAGUCGCAUCAUGUGCCGCAAGAUGCCUUAAAUAUGGAUCAAACUCGAAUCUCAACGAAUGUUACCAAAGCUGUGCCAAUCAGACAGAUUCUCUCAACGAUGUGAUAUCUGUUGAUGAGCCGAUCAAUGCUUCAUUUCGGUUGUAUUGUCGGGACUCAUCACGAUUAUUGAUAAACAUUGAUAUCGAUUAUGAAGACGAAGACGAGAAAAACAUUUUCCUUCUCACUCUUCAAGAGACAAAAAUUUCGUUUGUAGAUCGGAUUGUUUUCAUUUCUGAUGAGCCAUUGAUUGAACUACGUGACCUUGUAACGAGUGAAUCGUACAAUAUUUCCGCCACUAUCGUAUCCUCUGCGAAUGAAGUUCGCUUUCUUGGCACGCAAAUAUUCACAACAUUAAAAAGUGACUAUAAACCGGAAGAUGUGACUGACAUUUGGGUGGAAGAAUACGAAGCGAUAACAGGUGAUGGUGAACAUUUGAACGCAGUUAUUGGAUGGAAUCCAGCAAGAGAUCACACUUGCCACGCUAAAAUGGUUUUUCAUGGACCUCCCGAUCGAUGGAAUGAAAAGGAAAAGAUUGACAGAGAUUUAUAUUACUACGAGUAUUCGAAAUUAAACUAUAAUUCAAAUUAUUCUGUCGCUGUUAUUGGUAUCAACACAGUAUUUGAUAUUUUACGAAGCGAUACUCAAUGGUUCACCUUUGAAACGCCAAAUUGUAUGGAAGUCAACAAGAAUCUAAAUGAAUGUGAACCCGCACCAAUAACUUACAUGGAAACAACUUUCACAUUUAUCGAUGGUCACAUGUUUGAUGCGAAUGUCACGUGGAGUGAGCCGCCUUACGAUCCAAAUUAUUAUACUUUGGAAAUUACCGCUGUUGAUGCUUUUGAGACUAUUAAUGAAACUUCAGGGAUUUAUCGUUUCACUUUUGAUGGGAAUCUUACAUCAUUUCUUGCUAAGAACAUCGAGAUUGAAGGAUCCCAAUGUUACAUUCGCCUUGCCGCACAUUUGAACAAUCUGACAAGCGAACCCGCAUACGAAAUCCUUAAUGUUGGACGAUUGAAGAAGUUCAAUACGCCAAAUUCACGAACAACUCGCAGAUUUGACAUGUUGUUGUACAUUUUUGUUGCGACUUUCACAACGUCUCUUGUUGUUUUGUUCUUCAUAUGGCAGAAACGAGUCAAUGCUGUGGUCAGUAAACUCGCAAGUAAGCAACAUGAAAGUAUGGAUUUGGAUUUAAUUCAAACGAUUACAAAUCGAUCAUUGUUAGAAGCGAUUGCUGACUUAACACGAGAUGAACGAAUGGAAACUGAAAAGGAAAAUGUUAGAUUAUUGGAAGUUUUAGGUGAAGGUGCAUUUGGAGUAGUAAGAAAGGCAAUUUUACUUAAAGAUGGAACGACAAAGUCUCAUGUUGCUGUGAAAAUGUUAAAAAACUGCGCCAAUUUAGACGACAUCAAACAGUUCCAUCAGGAGAUUAGUGUCAUGAAAUCAGUGGGACAACAUCCAAACAUUGUCAGCAUUAUUGGACAUUGUACGUCAAACAUCGAAGAACUGAUGUUGUUGACAGAGUUCUGUGACGCUGGAAAUCUUCUAGACAUACUUCGAAGUGAAUUCACAAAGCAGUUCAGUUUUUACGAUAAAAAGUGUCAAAUUUCUCCUGCUUUGACUUGUGACACUCGUGAUUUUAGUACAGAAUUUUCAUCUCGACUGUUUGUUGUGAAUCAAAUGUACGACGAUCUCUACAACAUAAAUAACAACAGCAAUCAUUUUCCAGUUGAUAAUAAUGAUGAUGUUGACAGAGAUUCAGAAUUUCAUCAAUGUCAACCAUCAGUAGCAUUGACAGCAACUAAUGCGCUUUAUCUCGAGCUAAGCGAUGCUGUCUACACAAACACGAAGCCAACAAUCAUCGAACUUCCUGAGACUUCAGAAACUUCACAAGAAUUCCUUACCAGCAGCGAUUUGAUUUCAUUCGCAAAGCAAGUCUCCGAUGGAAUGGAAUUCCUUGCAAAGAAAAAAGUUGUUCAUAGAGAUUUGGCAGCAAGAAACAUUCUUGUAUGUUCAAAUAAAACUGCAAAAAUUGCUGACUUUGGCUUGAGUCGUGAUAUUUAUCAGGAUAAUAUUUAUCGUAAGUUGGGCAAUGGAAGGUUGCCAAUAAAAUGGCUUGCGAUUGAGUCGAUGACACAUCAAACGUAUACAUCUCAAAGUGACGUAUGGUCUUUUGGCAUUCUUCUUUAUGAAAUUGUCACACUUGGUCGUACGCCAUACCCGUCAAUUGGAGCUGAAGAUUUGCUGAAAAUUCUCAACACAGGAUAUCGAAUGGAAAAGCCAAUGAAUUGUCAUGACUCACUUUAUGAACUUAUGUUGUCAUGUUGGCGUACAAAUCCAGUAGAUCGACCGCCAUUCAAAGAUCUUUCGUGCACGUUGAAUCAUUUUUUGAAUUCCAAAAAUUCAUGGGAAGAAGAAUUUAUCGAUUUACCGAAACUCUUCGACAAGUGCACGAACGAAAUGUAAGUUUAGAGAGAGAAAUGAAAUUUUAAUGUUUCGCCCAUUAAUUAUUCAUCGCCAUUUCUGGAACAUUUCUGGAAUAUGUAGACCGAUUGCAUGAUGCGGGAGUGCAGAAGAACAUUUGCAUAAUACAUGCAUCGAGUUGAACAACAACAAUUCACAAAGAUUGCCUACAAUGAGGUUUUUUUUUCUUUUCUUUUUAUUAAAAUUUUUAAUAUUUUAUUAUAUAAUGUAUGUAUACGACUAGCAUAAAUGUAUUAAGAAAAUAAAAUUUAUCAAGACGACACUAACAAC